UCACACUGCACUGAUUAGAUCUCUCCAUCUACUUGGGCGAGGGCUUGAUUUGUGGAGCUGCCGAUCUGGGAUAUCCCAUCCCGUGAAGCUGACGUAAAGCUGACUGAUUUGGCGCUGAAAUGCUUGUAGUCUCCAGAUUAACAAGAUCACAGGGGCUUUAGGAAAGGUGUGCAGCAAUGACAGGCGAGCCCCCCAAAGUGACCGGGCUUUCGCCCGUCGAGGGGCCACCGGGGACCAAAGUGACGAUUCGGGGGGAGAACCUAGGAAUCGACCAGAACGACCUAGUCAAUGUGACGAUAUGUGGCGUGGACUGCUCCAUGUACUCGGAGUGGAAAUCUUCGAGCAAAAUCGUCACCAGGACAAGAGUUUGCACCGGCAGAGGCGAAGUCCUCGUCACAACUCGAUCCGGAGGCGUCGGCACCUGCACAGUGCAUUUUCGGGGCAUCUUGGAAGUGAUAGGUCCCACUGUUGAGUCUGCUAUCUGGGUCGACGAAUCGCACAUGUUUUCCGAUGCUUUCGGCCACAAGCAUCCGACGUCGCCCGCCCAGCUGCACCCUGAAGAUCCCCUCGGGAUCUCGGAUGAAUCUGUGAGAAGGUUCCCUGAAGAAGAACUUCGACAGUUGUUUCCUGAAGGCUCUGGAAAUUUGCUUUCUGAGAACUUCAACCCAACAUGGUACCUCUUGGAAAAUUACAACAGUACAAGCUUUAGUGAUUUGAAAGCAGGUCUCAUGAGCCUAAAGCGCAAGGUUGGACAACUUCAAGAGGGUCCCUCAUCAUUUUUAAAAUCAAAUGUCAAUGCCAUUGUCAUCUGUCUCGACGUACUUCACGAACUUCAAAAGGCAAUGGAGAAAGAUAAGCAAGAGAUGGGAUCUGACUUGACAGAAAAACUUUCCGAAGCAGUCUUAAGAUCCAAGGAGGAGGCAGAAAACAUCUUUGAAUCCAUAUUGGCAAGAAAAGACCAGGCAGAUUCAACACGAAAUGCUCUUAGCAUUUUGCAGAAGUUCCGCUUUCUGUUCAACUUACCUGUCACCAUCGAAAAGAACAUUCAGAAGGGGGACUAUGAUGUAGUUAUCAAUGACUACAACCGUGCAAAGUCUGUUUUUCAAGACACUGAGGUUGCUGUCUUCCGCAGGGUGUUUCAGGAUGUUGAGCAAAGAGUGCAGCGGUUUCGUAAUGCCCUCAUGGACAGUCUCAAGCAGCUGCCCAUGCCAGUCGAAGAGCAGAAGCGCCUCAUCAGGUACUUGAUCAGUCUGGAAGUGCCAGGUAGUCCUGCUUGGGACGCUGUGAGGCAUAACUACAACUGGCUUCUCAACUCUGUGGAAACAUGCAAACAGAAACAUCUGUCCGUAUUGGCAAAAGGUGAUGAAGACGAACGGAAAAGGAGUGAAGAGAGCCAUCCUGACCUUCCCAGACAAGUUCUUUUUGUGGAAGAAGUGACCGCGCUUUUUCAGAAGCACCUAUGCGACUUCUGGAAGCUGGGCCUGUCCUACUUUGCAGGCGAUUUCCUUGUUGAGGAUGCUUCCGUAAAUGACAGAGAACGGGAUGAAAAAGAAUUGAGGGAAAUGGUGGCAUCUUUGGUGGGUCAGCUGUCCUGGGAAGUGCGUGUGGCACUCUUGCCUCCAACCCAUCAUUCUCUGGCUAAGCAAGCACACAGGGUUUCUGCUUGGCCUGGCCACAAAACCAACGAGAAGUUGGGACCAUGGCUACCUCAGUGCUUGCGCUCAAUUCGGCAGUGCUACCUGUCUCUCCUCAAGCUGGACAUUCCUGAGGAGAAUACGUCCUUGGUGCAGCGGCUCAUCUUCGACCUGCGUGUGCAUUCUAUGACGUGCCUCUUUGGACAAGCCGCAGAAGAUGUCAGAAACUUGCUCAAGUCUGAAGUUUGGAGGUUGGAGAAGGAUGAUCGGUGUGGCGGCACCACACAGUUGCCUUUAAUGUUUGAGAACCGUGUAGUUGAGACUCUGCAGCUGGUACGUGAAAACAUUCUGCAAUCUGGACCCAGAGAAAUGGAGGUGUUUGAGCAGAUCAAUGUCCAAGGAACAAUCAAGCAGUAUGCCCAGGCAGUGCUGCAGGCAUUUGUCGAGACCCUGGAGAAGUGUGCCUUGAGCCCCGAUCGCCUUUCUCCCAUUAUAGAUGCCAUUGGAAGUAACGUUGAAAUUCUGCCACCAGGCCAAAGGGCGAAAAGUUUUAAGCAGAAGAGGGAGGACUCAUUGACAACACCACCUUUGGAAAAGAGGCUGCUGAUAGUGCUCAGUAACUGCAGCUUCACGUCUCGUGUGGUGAUCCCAAGACUACAAGAGAGUUUUGAGCGCCAUGGUUACCCAGACAUGUCUUUGGUAAUACAGACGACAUUAAGCAGGCUGGCAGAGCUGGACCGCAAGCUCUUCCAGAAGCUUCUUGAAGCCAAGUGUGACCCUAUCGUUGGCGCCAUCGAGCCAAACAUGUAUGCAGGAGCCUUUGACUGGAAAAAGUGUGCCGAGCCUAUGGGUGUCAGUUCGUACAUCAAGGAAGCCCUUAUGAGCAUGAUUGAGGUUCAUGCAGAGGUUUAUACAAUAUCGCCCCCAUUGGUUAGUCGGAUAAUGACUCCACUGGCACAGAAUGUAGCUGAGGAGAUAUCUCGUCUCUACGAGUGCACUGAAAAAUUUACCAAACAUGGAAAUAUGCAAGCUACCCUCGACUUGAGAGCACUAGAGGAAGCCGUGGACUCCUACAGGACGCAAAAUACUGGGUAUGAACGAGCCUGGGCAGCAAACCUUAGUAGUGCCUGCUAUUUGUAUGUUGUCUUUUUCAGAAAAUUCUUCAUGAUCUGCAGGAGCCGACUAGAUCCAUUCAGCAGUACAAAAGACAAGGAGCUCGUAGAUGAGCUCCUGAAGAGGUUCAGGAAUCAAAUGCGGCUGCAGCUGCUCUGCUUCAAGGAGGAUGUCGUGGUCAGUGUAUGACCCUAGACGACCACCUUUUAUUUAUGGCUUGCCCGUCAUUAUUGCCUCGACUGUCUCGUUGGUGUCAAGAUCAAAGGAGCACCUCGCUUGUACGCACACAGCAUCAAAGUAGAAUUAAUACCUUCAAUAAAAUAUUUUGAAUACCUAUA